ACUGGCAACAUGUGCACCUCUGUGGUGUGAAGUGUGACACAGCUGCUUUUUUUUUUUUUUAAAGAGGUUGCAUUUCCCUUUCGGAUACGCCAAGUACCCGACGUUACAGCGCACCUUGUGUAUAAUAGAGAAUCAUGAGCACUGUGGAGGAGGAGCCGGAUCACAUGAUACCAUGAAGACAAGCCUGCAGGUCCUGCGCUGCCAGCUGCUGAGUGUUCUAGCAUUCCUAGCACUGCCAGCAGGACUGUUGUCAUCAGCACAGGAGCCGCACCUCAUCCAGACGUCCCAGGACUCUGUCUCCAUGGCAGCCGCCCACAUCAGCCCCCUGUCUGCCCCCAAAUCCUCCCAGAUGGACUUGCAUCUGGAAGGCUCCGGUAGUGGGGAAUGGUCGUCCACAGGAGGCACUCAACCCUCAGACAUCAUCCUUCCUACUGUUACGCUCCACCCUCUGGCCUGGCGUCAUCUCACCCAAACCCAAACCCAAACCUCCAGCCUGGCUCAUGAAAAACCUCCCAUUCAUGACGACAGAUACUGUCACCCCAAACACUGUGAGCGCCACGCCAGAUCACGUGGACCGAAAGCCACGCGAAUCAUCCCCAGGAGCCUAGCCAGCAGCAGCAGCAGCCCUAAAUCUCCCAGCACAGAUGUCCCAAAUAUAGAUGUGGAGUCUGCUGCUAGAGGGGCUUCAAACCCCGUGGCUCUUAUGUCCACUCUGGGAACCCACCGACCAAGCCAGCUCUCCUCUAUGACCUCCCUCUCCUCUUCCUCAAUGGACGGCUUAAAUCUAAGGAAGCAGGCUCAGAGUGUCCAGGAGAUGGCUGCACACCACACCAUCACCCUGAGGGAGGUGCCUUCAAACCCAGAGCCCCCCACUGAUCCGCUGGUGACAGAGCCAACGUCUGUCUCUCCUGUCAAGAGCCCGCCAGAGAAUCUAGCUUUCACUAUGUCCACCCCAGCCCAGCCCACAGAGACCGCCACCAACACACAGAGUCCUACAGUCAUUCAAAACAACCACACUGUAGCCAAUGAGACCACCACCAAGGACAGUCAGGGUGUAUCUCACUUCACCUCACGGUCAUGGCACAGACAAUGUACCCAGCCAGGGAACAUAACCUCAUCUAGAGAUUUGCUCCCUACCAGCAGCACAGCCAAGGAGGCGCCUGCUCAGGAGAACAGCUCCGAGUCCCCUUCAACGGCCAGCAGGAACUCUCUUGAACAGAGGUUCCCCGCCACCACCGAGGAUCCCUCGACAGUCGGCAACAGCUCGGGCUCCACCAUCGACUCUCCCGUGUCCCGUAUGACCAUCUGCUUGAGCAGGAUGGAUAUUGUGUGGAUCGUACUGGCCAUCAGCGUGCUCGUGUCUUCGUGUUCCAUACUGUUGACUGUGUGCUGUAUGAGGAGGAAGAAGAAGUCGUCAAGUCAGGAGAACAACCUCAGCUACUGGAACAACGCCAGAGCAGGACAGCUGUCUACCGCCUAACGGAGACUACAGCGGCAGCAGCGUGGUCCUGGUUAACCCUUUCUGCCAGGAGACCCUCUUCAUCAACAGAGACAAAGCUUCUGCCAUCUAGAGACAACAACAAAAAAGAGAGACGCUGUUGGACUGAACUGUCAAAAAUAACUGCAUUCUCCUCUUCUUGCUCCCCCUGCUGUUGUUGUCUAUUUUAUAUAUGUGGUAAAUAUCCAGAGACUUUGACUUUAUACUGUAUAUUACAAACACAAAGAGCAAGCAAAAAGAAGAGUGACAUAAACAGACACUAUUUACUAUGAGGAUGCACCUGCAUAUUUUUCUGAUGUACAUUUUCUACAA